AUUUAUUUAUUAUCUAUAUUAGUUCGAAGACUUGGAUUAAUUUGUCAAGUCAAUCAUAUUCCCUCCCUCCCUCCCUUUCAGUUCCCCUCUCGGUCGCCUUCUAGACUCUUCCAUUCUCUGCUCUGCCUGCUGCAACAUCAAUGGCUUCCGAUCUCGAGAACAAGGCCAAAGAGGCUUUCAUCGAUGACCACUUCCAACUCGCCGCCGAUCUCUACUCCCAGGCCAUCGACCUCAACCCUAACAGCGCCGAGCUUUUCGCCGACCGCGCUCAGGCAAAUAUCAAGCUCGGCAAUCUCACUGAGGCGGUUUCUGAUGCGAACAAGGCGAUUGAGCUGGAUGCUUCAAUGGCCAAAGCAUAUUUGCGCAAAGGCAUAGCAUGCAUGAAGUUGGAGGAGUAUCAAACUGCUAAAGCAGCCCUUGACAUCGGGGUAUCUAUGGCUUCCGCUGAUUCAAGAUCAAGAUUCACUUCUUUGAUUAAAGAAUGUGAAGAUCGCAUUGCUGAGGAAACAGGCCAGUUGCCAAAAGAGGAGUUGGAACUCCCAUCAAAUGCCACCCCCAUGCAAGAGGAACCAGUGAAUGGACUCUCCAACGAGACACAAGAUGUAGCUCCGCCCAAGCCUAAAUACAAGCACGAUUUCUAUCAGAAGCCUGAGGAAGUCGUUGUGACUAUAUUUGCCAAGCGUGUGCCAGCUGACAGUGUGUCCGUUGACUUUGGUGAACAGAUUCUAAGCGUAAGCAUCAACGUUCCUGGUGAAGAUGCAUACCAUCUCCAGCCUCGUUUAUUUGGCAAGAUAGUACCUGCCAACUGCAAGUAUAUUGUAUUGUCUACCAAAGUGGAAAUCAGUCUCGCGAAAGCUGAACCGAUACACUGGACCUCUCUAGAGUACAAGGAAACAACUGUCGUUAGAAGGGUGGACACUUCCUCCGAGGUUGCCAUGAGACCCACAUACCCAUCUUCAAAACCGAAGAAAGUUGACUGGGAUAAACUCGAAGCACAAGUAAAGAAAGAGGAAAAGGAUGAAAAGCUGGACGGUGAUGCAGCUCUGAACAAAUUCUUCAGGGAAAUAUACAAGGAUGCUGAUGAAGACACGAGAAGAGCCAUGCAGAAAUCCUUUGUGGAGUCGAGUGGAACAGUGUUGUCGACCAACUGGAAGGACGUGGGGAGUAAGAAGAUCGAAGGAAGUGCUCCUGAUGGUAUGGAGAUGAAGAAAUGGGAGUAUUGACAGUGUGUACAGUAGAGUAGUAACUCUCAGGCACUGCAAUUUUGUGUCUCGUGUUCGAAUUCCAAUUCGUUCCUUGCAGUUGCCCUUGUGUUAAGAUCCGAACUACUCAAGGCUUUCUCUUGCUCUUGUGAUCUGGGAUUUCGAUUGCUUUUGAGUGAAUUGCCAAGUAAUUCAUCUGAACCAUCUCUCUUGUUCUCUUGUGAUCUGUUUAUUGUUUUACUGUUUAUCAUUCUUGUUGUCCGGUUCGGUCAGACUGCCGUAUUGGCUCGGAAAGAAAACGGUAAAAGCAGGGAUCCAAGCGAAUUGGUCCGGUUUAGAUUUGGUUAAGAAAAAGAAAAGGUUAAACGUGGCAGCCCAACCCAAGGUUUCCAGGUCCGAAUCGGAUUUGGUGAAGGCAAACCCUUCACAUGCAUAUAAGGUGAACUGCAACUCUGCUUGGGAUCUGCUGUUACUAAAGCAGUUGAGAAGUAAAAACCUUCAUUCUCCUCCAAUGAUCAGCAAGCUGGGAGACGAUCUCUUUGUGGAAAGUAAACAAAAUUAAAAAAAAAAAAUUCCCCGAUAGCUAACGUGGCAAGUGAAGUGGACCUUGACUAACGGUCAAACCCGCCUUCGGGUAAAAUAAGAAAGUAUGCUACAUAGUUUAGGCGAGAGUAGCAAUUUCCGAUACCACGGGCCAAAGUAGAAAGUUUGUCUAUAGUUCGGGCCAAACUAAGGUAUUGACCCUUAUGUUUACCUGUUUAGUGAUGUUCUUUCCUAAACUAUAUUUGUUUGUUGGGUAUAACAUGGACGAAAGAGUCUAUCGGUUCGGAAACAAAAUAGCGAAAACGAUAUCAAAAUUACAAUUAUUCAAUUUGGUUUGGAUUUGGUUUGAUAUAGUCGCUACUUACUAUAGAUUAGAUAUAAAAAGGUAUUUUUGAUAGCUAACAUUAAGUCACUGUUUGCACAAGGUUGUAAUCGACUGAAGUAAUCUCCAUUCUUAUAGACAUAUAUUGAUAAGCUUAUCACAUAGCUGAAAAAUUAGAUGUCCAACCAUAGGGGUGGGCAAACGGUUCGGUAAACCCGAACCGAACCGAAAUCGAAUAAAUGCUAUUCGGUUCGGAAUUCGGAAGGAAAAUAUGGAUAGUUCGGAAAUCAGGGUUCUUUCAAUCGAACCGAAUUUCCGACCGAAAAACCGAAAUACUAUAAUUGCAAGCUCCAAAUGGUGGAUUUUUAUGUUUGUAGUUGUUGUUAGACUUAAAUAUUUGAAAUGUUUUAUGACUUAUGUGUUGAAAAGUUUGGUUUUAUCAUUGAUGAUGCAUAUAAUUGAUAUUUAAUGUUUAUAUUAGGGGUGAAAAAUAAUUUAAAAGUGAGAAAAUACAAGUAGCUUCACAAAUUCGGUUUUGUGUGAUAAAAUCAAACCGAACCAAAUUAUAGUUCGGUUUAAACCGACCGAACCAAAUUAUAAUUCGGUUCGAAUUCGGUUUGAGGUUUGGGAGAAUUCGGGAAUCCGGUAUUCAUAAUUUCGGUUCGGUCGAAACCGAACCGACCGAAUGCGCACCCCUAUCCAACCAUCAUGUAAAGUGUAAACCACGAACUGAUCUUUAGUUCAUCGAAAAAAUUAAAUCACUAAUCGAAAAUUUAUCGAAAUGAAACAGAACGAAAAGA